AACAAAAGCGAUACAAGAAAAACCGAAGUAUAAAAUUUAAUCAUUGGAUCUGAUCUGUUUUAGAUUGCUUGUUUUAUUUGGAAAAGACCUUUAUAUUUCUGAAAUAAAUGUUAGAAUAGUGUUAAAAGUGUAGAAAAGACACGAAUUGCACACUGUUGUUUGAAUCGUUAUAUACAAACUUGCUAAAAUGAGCUCGAAAGGCAAGCGAUCGUCGAUUCUGAAGAAACGUCCUUCGGUCGAUCCGGGAAGUUUAGAAGCAAGUCCAAGUGAAACUACUGCUACCCUGAAAUCAGCAAAACGGAUCGGAUUUAAGCCGAAAAAAUCAGUCAAGGAGUUCUUUGCUUCUGAUGAAACGGCUACUAUUUGGUGCAAUUCGUAUGAACUAUCGACCGAUGGAACUCCGAGUCAUCUAACGAUCAACGACACGACACAGAAUAUGACCAAGUUGGAUAAUUCUCUACUUGGAACCAGUGAAUGUGAUCGAAAGGACAAAGAAAAUGUUGAAGAUCGUCGUAUUAGUCCAAACAAUAGCAGCAUUUGGAAUCUGUCGGUUUCGGCUAGUGAGGAGGAGAGACGUAGAAUGCGUGGGGAAGUGUCGGUCAACUCCAGUGUGCUAAAUGUUACAGAUCGACUGUUUCUAGAACCAGCAAUACAACGCCCUGUUAUGCGACAAAAACAAUCUUUGAAAAUAGCGGAUUCGAUUGCUAUGGAUGUUAGUCCCGUCAAGUGUGAAGGAAAAAGUUCACCGCGAAAAACUAUUUACUAUCACCCGAAACAAAACAUUUUCGUAACAAUAGAUGAUGUUCCGGUUCAUAAUCGAAACGGUUUUAGUGAAAAUCGGGUGCCAAAUGAUACCGAUAUAAACUUUUUUGGUCCUCCGGAGGCAAGUGCCAGUGUUACUCAAGAAGAACCAAUUAAAAUUCUUUUUCAAACGUCGAGCAUUCCUAAUUCAUGGCGAAAUAAAUUGAUUCAAACCGAACCACGUUCUUCGACAGUAGAGAAGCGGUCGUUGGCCGUCAAUACGGAUCACUCAGCUGGCUGGAGCUCUCAAGUAGCAGAAGGAGAAUUUUUGGCUCAGCGGAAUACGUUUGGAAAUAGUCAAUUCGAUAUAUCGGAAGCAUGGAACUCUCAUCCGACCGCAGCACUAAAACUCAAGCUUCUUCAGCAAGGACUGCCUCCUACCGCGUAUAAUUCGCGCUUUUCUGACGAAGGAGGAGGUGCUGAAGAAGACAUUGAUUCUACCAUUGCAAUUACUCAGACAGUAGCUAAAAUGCUAGGACCGGGAUCGAGGCCUAUUUCGCUUGAGAGUUCCCGAGAUGUGAUUGAGGAAAAUAAGCAGGAACCAAUGGAGACUUCUAUGAUUGUCGAAGAACAAUGCCAGAACGGCACUACAGCAGUAGGUGACAUUUUGUUAUUGGAGGAAUCGUGUGAUGAACAGAUCCCGUCAAAUAGUCUCAGCCGAGCAAGACCAUUUAUUCCAUCCGUAAUUCCUAUGGAUGAAAGUGAGUGUUCAUCUUCGGAGUUAAUUGAAUCCCUCUCAUGUAAACGACGAGGGUUAGAAAAGCAUUCGACUCUACCUGACACCAACCCAACUAGCAUUCUAUGCUCCCAGAACGCGGAAAAAACUCUUCUCAAUGUUAGUAACAUGCACUUGGAUGUACAAUCACCUCCUAGGAGCAUUCCAACCACUAGCAGACGAACGGUUAUUUGUGAAGAAAAUAUACCGAAUGAAAACCAAGGUUAUUUGACGAUUCCCGAAAGUGCAGCAAACACACCUCCGAGGCCUCAAUUGAGACCGACUGUCUAUGAAGAUGAAAUGGAUGAGUCCCACGUUAAACAAUCGGCGCCUCCUCCAAUAGAAAAAAUAAACAUGAACCUAUCUGACUUAGUUUUUUGCAGGAAUAGCGUUGGGUUGGAUUUAGUGAUUGAAUCGGAUCCGAAACAAGAGGCUAAUCGGCCUAAACUUCACCGGAUGCCACCGAGACCACUAAACUAUAAUACUAGGCCCGGUAUAACGGCUAAAAAAGAUAGCGAAAAAGCCUCCUGUGAUAAAGAAGAAAUGUGUGUGGAUACUCAGGAAAACAUAUGGUCUCUAAAUAGCAACUCAAGAAAGACGACAAACCUUCCGUUAGAUGUGACACUAGAUUUGGAUACACCGAAGGACGCCAAGAAAUCACAGAAACAGCCACGUCAAACUAUUUAUGCACAAGAAGUCAUUGAUCUUACGUGCGCAACAAGUCCAUUGCAGCUAGUCGCGCGAAAAACCGAUUAUAAUUUGUUUGACGUUUCUAUGCAAAGUCCUGCAGGUGAACCUGAUGACGCUGGCACAAAAAGAACGACGAUUUGUAUGAGAGAUGAUAUCAACCAGACUACUCCGGAACAGAUAGUCGAAGUGCCUUUUAGACCAACAAUACUAUUAAAUGAAAAUCUAGAUGAUUGCAAGUUAGAGCCACGUUCUGGGUCUCUGGAAGACCUUCGAAAGUACGGGCAUUCUAGAAGGACAGAUGGGGAUUUUAUAGCGAUUGAAACGUCUGACAAAGAACACUCACAAGCUAACACUAGGAAAACAAUUACGUAUGCUGGCGAAAUGGAAUACUCGCUAGUAGUCGGAAAAGAGUGUGAAAGAAAUUCACGAUUGAAGGUGAUCUCUUCUGAUGUGCAAAGUAUUGACGAAACUAUUGACUUCACCAGACCGAAUUCUGUAGAUCAGGCGCAGCGUAAGACUCUUAGCUUUGGUAGCGAAAUGGACGAAAGUAAAACAAUGUUUUCACCCCAACAGUCUGUCGAGAAGCACACGAAAGAUAACUGUAGGAAAGCAAUACCGCCUAUUAGCGAAAUGGACUACUCGUCACCAGCCGAGCUGCAAUGUGACAAAGCUUUGCGCCCAAACGUGAUUUCUUCUAUUGGUCAAAUUAUGGAAGAAACCAAUGACUCUGCGAGACGGAAAUCUGUAGAUCAGGCACAGCGUAUAACCACUAAUUUAGGCAGCGAAAUGGAUGAAAGUAAAACAGAACAGUCUCUUGCCACACUGCUUCUCCCAAAAAAUUCUGCAAAAAAGAACAAACAGGGUGGUAGUAGGAAAACCGUUGAAAAUGUUGCCGAAAUGGAACUCUCGUCACUAGUCGAAAAGGAAUACGGCAGAACUUCGCAGUAUUCUUCUAUUGGACAAGUAAUGGAUGAAACUAUUGACUUUGCGACAUCAUAUCAAGCAGAUAGGGCGCCACAUAAGACCGCUAGUUGUGGCAGCGAAAUGGACGAGAGCAAAACAGAAGAUUCUCCCACUGCUCCGCAGCUUCAACAGAAAGCGCGUCAAACAUUUACUGCUCGCGAAAGUAUGGAUGAAAUUACUACUGAAAAUCUUAAGAAAGAAGCGCGUCCGCAACAGCUGCAGUCAAAUAUUUUCUCUCGUAGAGGUACAGAUUACAGUUGUGAAGAUAUGAACGAGACUAGGAGCGAUUUGUGUGUAACAUCUUCAGUAAUUGUGCCAAAUAGUAAUUAUGAUCGACCACAAAUAACACCCGUUCGGAAGUUAACCCAAACAAGCCAUAGUAUUUGCGAUAAUGACGAAAAAAUUCCCAUUGUUCGAAUGUCUGAUAGAAUUACGGUACUCGACAAGACACUUGGUCAAACAAGACCAACAUGCUUCACUGUAGAAAAUAUUGAACAAACAGUUAGUCCUUCAAAACUCUUGAUGUUGCACAAAAAUCCCUGUGAAACACGGUUAAGUACUUUCAGCCCCGUGGGUAUGGACGAAACGGUUGUUUCUGACUGUUGUAAACCAAAUGAUCAAGGCAAAACUGUCAAUUUAGUUUAUAAAUCCCGCCAUACGAAUUUUGUUGUUGAAAAUAUGGAUGAAACAAGUGAUCUUAGCGAAAAGCUUCCCUCACCAAAAUCAUAUCAAACCGUUUUGCGAGAUGUGGACAUGGGUCAGACACUUUCUUCUAAUAUUCGAACAUCAGCAAUAGUUGAACAGACUUACUCGCAAGCCUCUCCGGUGAAUAGUACGGCAAAUGACUUCGAAUUACCUUUACCUCAAAAAUCUUGCCCAGUAAGCUUUGUGGAAGUCGAAGAACUCACAAAUCCUGUGAAACAAUCAAACAUCUUUCAGCAAGUGGACAUGGAACAAUCGCCUAAAGAAAACUCGUUGAAAAUGGAACUGAGUUACACUGCGGUUUCUCAGCAUGCCCUUAAUAAGUCCUGCCAAACAAGCUAUAUCGAAGGGUAUUUCCAGAAAUCAUCUACUUGUGGAUCGUCUGGUGGUCGAUCAACACCAGACAAAACUCGCCAAACAAUGUACGAUGCUAAAGAAUUGGAUGAAAGCGACCCUACAUUGAAAAGUGUGCCACACUCAAUACAAGCCGAGCAACUACUAACAUUUGAUCAAAGCCUAAUUGACAAAAAGCGUGGUACAAUCUUCUGCAACGAUGACAUCGAUGAAACUUUUUCGACUCACCAUCUCGUGGUACCAAGCAGAAACAAACUAGCGAUCAACUCGACCACCGAUGUACCGACUGCAACUAGUUCUUCGAUACUGCCUCAGGUUGCGAUGGCAGAAAUUACGGUAAACGUGCAGAAAGAAACGGAGAAGAAAUCAGCGGAAGAAAUGAACAAAACCUGUGCUCAAUCUGAAUUGCAGCCGUCAAGGCAAACAAACUCCCGGAAGACGAUCUAUAGUGAGGAUGACAUGGAGCAGACUGCUGUCGGGCAUCCAUUCACAGUGAUGACAGCACUAGGUUUGGAAGAUAUGAUUGUCGAUGUGAACGUUCGCCGAAAAAAAUUUUCGCCAUCAGUAGGUGAAAAAAGCACCCACGAACUGCCGGAGAAUGUAGUUGAUGGUGUCUCUUCAUUGACAAGCAAAUCGCCAGAACAUGCAACGCUUAGAAAUAGAACCCAACGACAGACGGUUCUCGUACCGCAAGACAUGGAAAGUUCCUUGGUUAAUACUACGGAAAUACCAGUCAUUCCGUCACCACGGAUAUGCGCACAGCCUCUUCGAAGAACUAUCGUACAGGUUGACAACAUAGUUGAAGAGUCAUUCAAUCGCGAUAUCAACCAGGAACAGGCGGACUCGGCCGUAUAUGUUGAAACUCCGUCGGAUGUAGAUCACGAAGAUGAUGAUAAAUCAGAUUUUAUGUUUACCAUUCCUCAGUUGCCGGACGACUGUGUGCUCCGAAGCGCAGCCGUGAUGCCUUACUACAGGAUGACCAAAUUUUCAAAUCAAACUUUGAAAGCUUCGCCACGAUUGCUUCAUUCAGAAGGUAAUAAUGCGUUAAUAGAUAUUUCGAGUGUGGGCAGACGAACAGCGGGUGCUCCUGUUUCAAUGCUUGAAUUGAGUGAGAUAUCUGGAUUAGGCGAUGUUCCUAGACUGACACGAUCUACGACUUUUGCUGUACCGGAUAACGUGUGCAGUUUAGAAUUAAAUGAGCUCACUGAGCCAUCGAUUGUUCAGCUUCCGCUAGUAGUGACUAACUCUGUCAUACAAGAAACACCAAAAAAGGCUGGUUCAAUGUCUGUUCGACGAAGUCGGGGGUCUAUUUUUGAUCGAAAGUCGAUGAAUUUAGACGAGUCUGGUAUACUACCGAUAGAGUGCGAGGAUCAAGGUCACAGGCAAAUUACCAGUAAACAAAUGAAACCAUGUGAUUCGAGAGCUUUGGCUACUAGUGAAAUGAAAGCAAUAGUUACGCGGUUAGUUUCGACUGACUACGAAUCUAGCGAAGACGAGUUUUACGAUGCCGAAGCGAGCCAGGAAAAUUUAAAGGGUGAUAAAAACGAAGAAGUUGCUCAUGUAGCUCACGAAGCGAUUGCUCAAAACAACAAAAGCGAAAACCCGAUGUUCACCAAUGUCGAUGAUAUUGAGCAAUCCAUCAUUGCUGGCCAAAAUCGAACGACCGCAGGUUACAAAACGAUUGAUUUUGUCGACGUCGAUGAACUUGAACAAAUCGCUCAAAAGCGGCAUCUAUCGUGCAUCUCAAAAUCCGUACUAAUAAAACAGAAAAAUGACCCAUUAAACGUUUCGCUUACGGACGAUUACCCAAUGAAGAAACGCAAAACAACAGCUGCUCAUGACCUAUCGAAAGAUUGUGCAGUUCAAAUGGACGAAGACAGAAACCAAGCGUCGAAAUCAAUUCGUCGAGUAGCCUUCCAUCAGGACGUGUUGGAUACGAUUGAAAGAGAACGCGACAUUCAGUCGUCGAUACAAAAGGUUAUAAAACCAGCUGAAGUGGAGUCCAUAAUCAUUAAAAAUGAGCGCAUGACGAUAAUUGAAAAUGAUUGUGAAGCAGAGCAAAGUAAACUUGGACAUACAAUGCUUAUCGAUCCUUCCAUAUUCAUCGUGGAAGAGCAUGACAUGCUAGCAAAUGAAUCCAACAUUUCGCUAGUGACAUCACCCAACGCGCAGAAUAACAGGCGAGGUAGCACGUUAAAAUUUGACAAUACCUAUUACAAUGAGUUUGCUCAUUUAACUCUGAAUAUGGAUCAAGAAGAAAGCCAUUCAUGCAUAAUCAUAAGUGACGAUUCUUUUACUGAACCAGCAAGAAUACCACCAUCUCCGGUAGAAGUAAAAUUAACCUUAGUUGAUCUUCCGAAACGGAUAGAGAAAUCCCGUGCUUCCAUGGAGUUUAACUCAACCGUAGCUAGCGAGGUGAUGUAUGAGCUCCGCCGGCAGCAAUUGGAAACAACAACACCGUGCUGCAACUUUGAAGGCAACUGCCGAUGUCAAAACAGACGCACCAUGGCUGCAGUGAGACAGAACAAUGUUGCCAGUGUGAAGGAUGGUUGGAAAUCCAAUUUUGAACGGUUACUAGAAUCAAGCAAGAAUACUCCAGUGUACGGCAUGCCACUGGACGAACGACUUCGUGAAAUAUUGAACAGAGCCAUGAAACCAUUGCCGUUGUCUUGUCUGGAACAGCAAAGUGCCCAUCUGCCGGAUACACCUUCGAUAUGGUUGCUUUGCGAUUACUAUAAAAGAUCCACAACACUUAGUGAUAUACCACGCAAGUUGUUCAACCCAAGUGAUUUGCCGAGAACACCGAAUGUGAUUUCGUUGAUAAGCAACAAACUGGAAUCGGAACGCUACCGUUGGUUUUUGGAUUCAACUAACGAAAGCCGAACGUAUUUAAAGCUGCGACACGGUGUUCUGCGAACCGUGUAUUUCAAAAUAAUUCUCCAAAAACCUCUACCGUGGUAUAGUAAGGAUGACGAUGUCCGGAUAGAAGGGCUGGAAUGCAUUCAAUAUCGCGAGCAUACGAUACGAUCUCCUAGGUUGUUGUUAGCUCAUCUUGAAUUCAAGCUGAUAGUCGAUAAAAUAAAUUUAAUACAAUUGAGUUCCCACUGUUCGUCGGUAGCCCACUUAAUGAGUUUGGUGGUUGAGUUGAAUGUCCUGAUUGAGCAGGCCUUUGGCAGGGUUGACCAACUUUAUCGUAUUGUGCGGAAUAAUGGAGCCAUAAUGGAACAAUUGGGAGACACGUCUCGGCUGCGAAUAUUCAAAGUAUUCGAGUAUGAAUGGAAUGGAGUUAUAUACUGGAAUCGAGUUUCGAUCCAAUUUGAAUCUGUGGAUCGUAUAGAUCGCAGCUGUGUAUCAUUCCACGCAAGCGGGAUCCGCGAAGAAGGGCUGUACCCAACGGAAUACCAAUGUGGUACAGCUGCGGCUCGGGGAUUAGUAUUCCUGGAAUGCUUGCUAUGGAAUAUUGAAAAACUGUCCAUCGUGUAAGGAAAGUUUCUGUAUUCUCAAUUGUAAUAUAUUAGCAUACUGUUGUAUAGUAUCAAUUCACUUAAGUCGCAUGUAUUUAGUACUGCAGAAAAACGUGUGGAUUCUGUUUUAAA